AUGCCGGUAGAGUUGAACAGCCUUACGGAAGGAUGGUUGGAGCUAGAAAGUGAUCCUGGCUUAUUUACAUUGUUACUAGAGGAUUUUGGUGUUAAAGGAGUACAAGUUGAAGAAAUUUAUGAUUUACACAAACCCUUGGAAAGUCCUGUAUAUGGAUUUAUAUUCCUGUUCCGAUGGAUAGAGGAACGUCGAUCUCGGCGAAAAUUUGUGGAACAAAUUGAAAGCUUUGUUCGCGAUGAAGAAACCAUUAAUAACAUAUUCUUUGCUCAACAAAUGGUUCCCAACAGUUGUGCAUCACAUGCUCUCUUGUCUAUAUUAUUAAACUGUCCAAACUUACAUUUAGGAGAAACUUUGAGUAGAUUAAAGCACCACACCAUAGGCAUGAACCCAGAAAACAAGGGUUGGGCAAUAGGAAACACUCCAGAACUAGCAUGUGCUCACAAUUCUCAUGCCAUUCCAUUGGCACGUAAGAAAACUGAUAAAAGUGCUGGAGUUUCAACAGGAAGAUUUACAGGAGAAGCUUACCAUUUUGUAAGCUUUGUACCAAUAAAUGGCCAUUUGUUUGAGCUUGACGGCCUAAAACCAUACCCAAUGGAUCAUGGACCGUGGGCGGCUGAUGAGGACUGGACAGAGAAAUUUAGACGAGUGAUGGUUGAAAGACUGGGGCGAGAUGCUGGUGAACAAGUUCAUGAUAUAAGAUUUAAUCUAAUGGCUGUUGUACCAGAUAGAAGAAUUGCUCUGACUCAGAAAUUAGGCGCACUCGAGAUGAAUCAAAAAAGGAUAAAAGAAGCUAUAUCAAAGAUUGGAAAACACUUAAGACAUUUACUCACUAAACCUAGGGAUUAUAAUGAAGAGUCUAUAUCUCCAGACAAAGAGGAUUCAUCAAAUGAAAGCGGUCUCCAAGUUUCUGAGGAUGCAAUAAUAAAUGCCCUAGAUGCAAUGGAGGCUCCUUCCUUUGAUAUUGAUUUCACACAGCCUAUUAUUAUUGAAAUUGGGGUUAUUGAUAAACCACAACAGGAUAAAAGUAUAAGCUUAGCUGAACCUGUGGAACAAAAUGUAAACUUGAAGUUUUUCACAAUUAAUGGUGAAAAUCAAAUAUUAACAAAUCUCCAUCCAACAUCAACAACAGCUCUCAUCCGCAGUAAUGACAAACCAAUAAUCCUUUGCUGUGAGGUUUCACCGGAACAGCCCUACAGAUUCCGGAAGCUCUUGUUCAGUCACUCGGAGCUCAAUAUGUUCCUGAACAGCAUUGCCUCCGAGAUGCAGUCGUGUCAGCUGGCUCUGAACGACGAGAAUGAUAAGCGAGAUAUGUAUAAGGUGGACGACUGCCGCCGAACUCACAACUACGACGAAUUCAUCUGUACAUUCCUCUCAAUGCUGGCGGAAAGGGGCGUUCUCGGGGAACUGGUGAGCGCUCAGCUGGAACGCGGUCGGUCUCCGAGGGUCCGACGCAGACGACCGAGGCCCCGCCCAAGGGCGCGCCCGAGACCACGCCCUCGGACUAGGAAAUAG